UGUCAAUCGUAUCCCGGCAAAAUCGCGCGCCUUUAUCUUAUUCUGUUUUCGGCUACGGUUGAAGAAGUUUGUGUAUUACAGUACUCUUAAAAAAUAACUGAAAAUGUCUGGACGUGGAAAAGGUGGCAAAGUAAAGGGAAAGUCCAAGACCCGUUCAAACCGUGCCGGGCUCCAAUUUCCCGUGGGAAGAAUCCACCGUUUGUUAAGAAAAGGAAAUUAUGCCGAACGCGUCGGUGCUGGUGCCCCUGUUUAUAUGGCGGCCGUUAUCGAAUAUUUGGCUGCCGAAGUGUUGGAAUUGGCAGGCAACGCUGCCAGAGACAACAAGAAGAGCAGAAUUAUCCCGAGACAUCUUCAGCUGGCCAUCAGAAAUGACGAGGAGUUAAACAAAGUUCUAUCUGGAGUAACUAUUUCCCAAGGAGGUGUCCUGCCUAACAUUCAGGCAGUUUUGUUGCCAAAGAAGACUGGAAACUCUUCAAACAGUAGUGCCCCCAAAACCACCAAAACCCAGUCCCAGGAUUAUUAGAUAUAAGAUUUUUUGCAAUCCUAGCUUAGGUUUAAACUGUAAAAUGUCUUGAUUGUACAUGUUUCUGUUGUGUGGAUGUAUUUUUUAAUAAAAAACCAU